CGUCACACAAAAUUGUAAAUUACAAAUUUUCAUUAAUUGGCCUGAAAAUGGUCAAAUUACUUAUUUUGUAGGCUGCAGAUAAUGGAAUUGCCAAGCAUGGGAGAACGAGUAUUUGCAGCAGAAUGUAUUCAAAAGAAACGAAUAAGAAAGGGCAAGGCCGAGUACUUCGUGAAGUGGAAAGGAUGGUCAACCAAAAACAAUACGUGGGAACCAGAGAGCAACAUUCUCGACAAACGUCUCAUUGAAGCUUUCAACAGAAGAAAUCCAGAUGGCGGCCAGAAAAAGAGAGGUCCCAAACCUAAGGUUGCCAGACAGCAGUCCUCUACAGCUCGUGACGAUUCCUCUGAUUCAGAAGAUGAGUCUAAUAAACCCCGGAAGAAGGGUAGAUCUCAGUCAAAAGACAGUGUGUCUGACUCAGACAGUGACGAUUCUACAAACCCUUCGAAAUCUGACGACUCAUUGUCCGAUAGUUCUCGAGAAUUGAAAACUGAAGGUAAAUCGAGUAUCGAGGGUGACACAACUGAUGAAGAACCUCAAGAUCAUAAGAAAUCACGCGAUCAUGUGGCCACUGAUUCGUCAAGUGGUUCCGCUACACCUCCUCCUCCCAAACUGACGCCAGUUCGGAAGAGAGGUAGGCCUCCGGGGUCUUUAAAUAAACCAAAGAACUUUAUACCGCAUUUGCAUAAUGUUAUAAAACAGCGCGGUAAAGUAGGUAGACCGAAAGGCGUUGGCAGGGGUCGACCGUUCAAGCGUGGAAUCGGUAGGGGUUUGAUGGGCAGAGGGUCUACUGCAGCGAAAGCUGCGAGUCUAUUAAAAAAUAUAGGACGAGGAAUCUCAAAAUCACCUUCAAAAUCGUUAUCCCGUGGUCGAGGUAGCGGUUUGAGAGGACGGGGGAUGCACAGUAGUGUGUUGAAUAAAAUCAAAAUGAAAUCUGGGAAAUCCCCGGGUCGACCAAAAAAAUCUUCUAGUGAUUCUCAAUCAGCCAAUGGAAAUACUCAAAAGACUAUAAGCUCACCUACAAAGGACUUUAAAUCCAUGAAAUUCUUUUCUUCCCAAAGUAAAAAUGAUAAAUCCAACUCGGUUAGUGACCACCGAACGUGGGAAAAUUUAGGAUCUCUACAAGGUGUCAGUAUUUUAGAACAUGAACCAGAUUCCAUGGACGACGAUUACGAAGAGGAUGAUUAUGGAACAGAUAACUACGCCAAUGGUGAAAGUGACUCCUAUCUGGAAAAAUCAGUGGAUGUACGCAAUUACUGGAAACCGCCAUCUAAUGCUAAAUCUCUUAUGGACAAAGUGUGUAUAACUGACGUGACUACUCAUUCGGGAGAAACCAUUACUUUCCGUGAGUGUCCAUCUAACACAGGAUUUUUCAAGACAGAAAAUGGAUGAAUGUUUAGUAGUUCUCCCAUAUCAUCAUUUCAUGUAGUUUUUACGCAAUCUUGUUAGGGACCUGGCAGUUUUGUUCCUCGCUCUUUGAAAUUGCUGAAGAAAAGAACAUGUUUUUUUUUAAAUUCUCGGCUUUUUUAGUUUAUUUUAUGUGAGAAGCGAAAAUGAUAUCUCGCAUCAUUUUAUGGAAUUCGAGGAGAAACUGAUGGGUUUACUUUGUUAACAGUUAAUUUAAUCUAUUGCACAGAAAAAAAGAUGCGUGAAUGUAACAAAGAAAUCUCCAACUUUUUCCUUUGCAAUUUCAAGAGGCCAGGGAUGAGUCACGAUACCUUGAUGUCCCAAACCGGAUUCCAAAAAAUUGUCCUAGUGACCAACUUCCUUCUGUGUUCAUUCAUUUCGAUUCCUUCAUCGACAUCUAUUUAUUUCCAUGCUGUUAGGACAUUUGUUAAAGAGAUUGUUUGCUGAUUUAGAUUAUUGUUUAAAGGGGCACAAUACACGUUUAUGCAAAUUUUAUUUUUUUAUUUCGAUGCAUUAUUACUAUGUUUAACUCAUUUGAAACCUUUUUAACUGGGGAUCUGUGGCCAUGAAGUUGUUACUUGAAAACCCCCAUUUAUGCACCAGUCAUAUGUAACCACGGCCCCCAAAGGUCAGGGGGUAUACCGGGGAAAUAGGCCAUGUUUUUAUCUUCUCAGUGGCCCUGCAGUGCCAGGUGAAUGCGGUGGUUUUGUCUUUGCGCUAAAUAAAGUGGGGAAUGGGACUUACCGAGGGUCCCUGAGGUGUGAGGGCAUUAGGCAGGGAUUUUAUCAUUAGUUCAUCCCAGCAGGGCGAGGAUUUACCAUCAGUUCAUCCCAGCAGGACAGGGAUUUUACCCAGGCUUGGCUUGACCGAAAGUCAAAGUCUCCACUAUUCCCCGAACCUGGAGGGGGGGGGGGGGGGGGAGCAUGGUUACAAUUAACUAGUGCAUUAAUUUUAUAACGCAUUAAAAUAGAAAAUAAAAUAAAAAUAUUUUGCAUCAAUCUGUAUAGUGCCCGUUUAAAAAGGUGUAAUGUGUAUUUCAAAGAAAGUCGAUGUAUAUGUAGUAUGUGAUAGGGUAGACUUGGUGUUGUUGACAGCAUUAUUGUGCAAAUCUUUGACACUGACCACAACUUGACAACUGCUCAAGCUAUUCAUAUAAACUUAUAAACUCAUAUAAAACGGAUUAACUCUGGCUUUGGUAAUUGUUGAGUUAUGCCCCUUUCUUCAAACAAUAAGAAAACCAGACAAGCCUUGCUUUUCGCUCCAUGGGCUCUUGGGUUUAUCUGUGUUAUAAAUGUGAGAUAUUUUAAGUCAGAAAAAUUGUGUACAAUCCAUCCUAAAACUGCCUUUAAAAUUUGUAAAUGCUGACAUGAUUAUGAUGGGGCUUAAAGAAAAAUGUUUGUUUCCGGUUUACCGACCUAGACUAUUUUAGGCCCCACCUUUGACAUUUCUAUCAUUUGUUUGAUUUUUUUCUUAAGUUAACAAUGAACUGUUUUUAACAAUACCAGUUAUGAUUGUAUAGGUGUUUUUAAGCAUAUAAUUCAUCGUUUGGGGUAGCAGAAAAAUCCCAAAGAUAAUUUUCCUAAUAAAAAGAAAGAAAAAAAGAUUUUCUGACCUACCUACCCUUUUUUAUGCCUAAAAUGAAUAUAAGCUGAUUGAUGAAUAGGUUUGCUUAUACUAACUGUUAGACUGAGAAGUAAAUGUUUUACUAAAACUUUUCCAAUAAACAUGUAUUAACAUGAUUUGGAGAAUAUUCGUUAUUAUAUACCUUAUUCAUUUUUUGUUUUGGUUGAAUUAAUUAUAUGUAACCUACAGAACUAACAAUUUUCUAAAC